CAGUACUACUACUAUUUCACAGUGCGAUGUGUUUGUAAUAUUGUUUUGAUUGUAUUGAUCAUCAUUUGUUGUACAAUCUUCUGUUGACAAACGAUUCGAAAUAUUCCUUACGUCCGACACAGCAAAAGCAACUGCUGUCCAAUAUACAAUGAAGAAUACUUCUUCAUCUUUCAUUUUCAUACUGGCUUUGUUUGGGGCCGUCGUAUCAUCUUCAUUCGGAUUUGUUCAGCAGACCAAUCAUGUUAAAUCAGCUUCGAUCAUUACCUCCAAAAGCAAAAGAGCGGUGCAAAGAAAUGUGGCAACAAACGAUAAUAUAUCGAAGAACACGGAGGGCGGAAAAUUUACUUUGACACCUCCUAGUAAAUAUCCUACAAAUAGAGGUCAAACUGUUGAUUCCAGAAAAAUCAUUGCAACUGGAGCCGGGCGUCUUCACUUGACAGCGGUUCGGAUAGCGCAUAUUUUAUUCGCUUCACUUGAUCUUGCUGAAUCUUCUCUUCACGAAGUUCGUAUGGCAACUAUAUCCUUUGAAGAUUUGGCGAAACAAAUUAGUAAUUGCGCGGAAUCGAGAGAUAAAGGCGGUGAAAUUGGUUGGGUUACUAUUGACGACCAAGAUGGCUCCAAAAACGAACAUCUCGAUGGUAUCUUACCUGCUCAGGCUCGCGAACAAGCGAUUCACAUUACGACAAAGCCGGGAGACAUUGUCAUGGUCGAAUCUUCACGUGGGUUCCAUUUGGUUCAAAUCUGUGACGUAAUGGCCGAUGUUCGAAAAAUGAGCAGCUUGAAAGAACGAAAAACUAGCAAAAACGGUAUUGGGAAGAGUGGAGCACGAGUUGCUUCUGCAGGAGUUAAUCCGGGAUCUGACGAAGAAAAGAAAGAUCUUACGUAUAAAUUAGAGACCAUGGGCUGCCAAAUGAAUCUAGCUGACUCGGAGAGAAUUGAGGGUCAAUUGCAAAACAUGGGCAUCCGCCCAUUGGACGAGGUCGAAGACAAAGAAGUCAAACCUGAUGUAGUAAUUUUAAACACAUGUUCUAUUCGCGAACACGCCGAGUCCAAAGUAUACUCAUACCUUGGUCCAUAUGCUAAGCGAAAACGUGAUGGAGAGGAUGUUGCGAUCGUCGUCGCUGGAUGUGUUGCUCAACAAGAAAGUGAAGCUCUGCUCCGCCGUGUGCCAGAAGUUGAUUUAGUUAUGGGACCUCAAUAUGCGAAUAGAUUGGCCGACUUUUUUGAGGACAUUGCGAAUGGUAACCAGGUAGUUGCAACAGAAGCGACUCAUAUCAUGGAAGACUCGUCUAAACCAAGGCGCCACUCGAAAACAUGUGCUUGGGUUAACGUAAUUUAUGGCUGCAACGAACGAUGUGCUUUCUGCAUCGUGCCAACAACUCGUGGUGUAGAACAAUCUCGACCUUUGGAGAGCAUCAUUCAGGAGAUAGAAGGGUUGGUGGAGGAAGGGUACAAAGAAGUGACACUCCUAGGUCAAAAUAUUGAUGCCUACGGACGAGACAUGGUCCCUAAGAGACGAUUCUCGGAUCUUUUGAAAACUGCAGGAAGUGUCCCAGGGCUGAAGCGUUUGCGAUUUGUCACCAGUCAUCCUCGAUACAUGUCUCUUUCUGUUGUUGAUGAGAUUUUGAAUACUCCAACGGUUUGUGAAAGUAUCCACAUUCCCUUCCAAAGUGGAUCGAACGCCAUCCUCUCUAGCAUGGGUCGCGGGCAUACCCGGGAAAAGUACCUGCAUAUCGUUGAUAGGAUUCGAUCCGUAAGUAUCUCGAAUAGGUUUUAAAAACCUACAAGAUGUGUUGCUGUUUUGAAACACCGGAUGCGUUCGGUGUUUGACCUACGUCGACCAGAGUCUUCCCUAUAUUUUUUCUCUCACCGUUCCUCUUCUUCUUCUCGUAAACAAAACAACCUUCUUUUAGAGAUUGCCUGAUGCAUCGAUAUCCGCCGACGUCAUUGUUGGGUUCCCGGGAGAAACAGAAGAGGAUUUCCAAGACACGCUAACUUUGAUGAAAGAGGUCGUGUUUGACACGGUCAAUACGGCUGCUUACUCGCCUCGUCCAAAUACGCCCGCAGCAACCUGGGAGAACCAGAUUCCGGAGGAAGUCAAGAAGGAAAGGCUCAAUCGUAUCAAUGUAUUGGUUAAGGAACAUGCAAAAGAGAGAAGAGCCCGCAUGAUGGGAAGAACCGUGGAAGUGUUGGUAGAAGAAAGAAAUGUCAAGGUUCCCACGCAGGUCAUGGGUCGUACACGAACCAAUUACAUCGUUUACUUUGAGGGGGAUAUCGACGAACUUCAAGGAGAAUUGGUCAACGUAAAGAUCGACACAUGCGAAACCUUUUAUUUGUCCGGCACUCGAGUGGAGUAACUUGUAGUUCACCUAUUACUAGCGCGAA